AUGGGCCAAGUCGAGAGGAAAAAUACAUGCAUCAUACAACUAAGGAAAGGAAAAGCAGACCUGAAACUCAAAACCCUAAAACGACUGGCCAGAAACAAUAUAGGGCCCGACCCAAGAGCCCAACAAACAGAAAAGUCCCCUAAUCCUAAUUGCACAAGCUCCCUCCUACAAACCACCACCGCCGUUGGCGCCCCCUGCAACCUCCUCCGCCGACAGACGCCAUGGACGCACCAAGAAGAGGGGGUGAAGCAACCACACCGGAUCGAGGGGGUGAAAGAACAACCGGAGCCAUCUCCGGCAAACCCUCGCCAGUCCAAACUCCUAGAACACCUCGAUCCCCACAAGCAUCGAGAUAGCCUUCAUGAAGAAUGGGCGGUCAAUGACAAAGCAAGAGGAAGAUCUUCUAUCUCCAAGAUCAUCAAACCAAGUCCAAAGCAGCGACCACAUCUCCGAAUCGCCAAGAUCUACAAGGCAAAGCAAGAAGGUGGACGAAAGGCAUGA